AUGAGAGGAGAGCCAAGAUCAUAUUUUAUAUGCAGAUGGGCUGCGGCUGACGUUUCAUCCACCGGUACCACCAACUCAGAAGCCCUCCCCCGAGAUAAGAGAGAAAAGAAACCAAAGAAGAAACUCCAGACGAUCGAUAUGGACGCCGAACUCGGACUGUCGUCUGGGUCGACCCAUCUCUCAAAGCAAAUGUCUACAACUCACUUUUCAACAACGACCAGUCCAAGCCAUGGGCGACCCCCAAAUACAUCUGCAACACAAGCAACUGCACCUGGGGCCCAACAGCGGCCAUCGAAGUCCGCGCGCGCUGCUCCAACGUCACAGAUCUCCUCAACACAACCUGCACCACCGUCACAAACAAUCCCUCCGGCUACGACGGAACCACCAACUGCACAGCAGCCCUCCCACUCGCAAACACAACAGCAUGGUUCCUCUCCGGUAUGGACGUCCUGCAACCCCUAUCCAUCGCAACCGUCCACGCCUCCACAGCCCUAA